AUGGCAUCCAGUGCGUUGACCGGAGAGCGAAGGUGGUCUGCCAGAAGAGGCGGCAUGACUGUUUUAGGGAAAGUUGCUGUACCAAAACCAAUUAACUUGCCCAGUCAAAGGUUGGAAAAUCAUGGUCUGGACCCAAAUGUGGAAAUUGUGCCCAAGGGGACCCAUAGCUGGGGCAGUAGAUCAUCUUCAUCCUCAUCAAAUGCAUGGGGUUCGUCUACUCUCUCUCCAUCCGAUGGUGGUACUGGUUCCCCUAGCUAUGUUAGUGGUCGUCCUUCAUCUGGUGGUGGCACAAGGCCAUCAACCGCAGGUAGCGAUAGAGGCCAUGAACCCAUAGCUAAUGCGUGGAGUUCUAGCUCUAGGCCGUCAUCAGCCUCAGGUCCAUUGACGUCGAAUCAGACUGCAAUCACUGCAUCUCGUCCUCGUAGUGCUGAUACAAGACCUGGAAGCUCUCAGUUAUCUCGGUUUGCAGAACCUUUGUCUGAUAACUCAGUAGCUUGGGGUGCUAGUGGGACUGCUGAAAAAUUGGGGGUGGCACCGUCUAAAAAGGAUAGCUUUUCACUUACUUCUGGUGAUUUUCCAACUCUUGGCUCUGAAAAGGAAACUUCUACGAAGAACACAGAUAUAGCAGAGAAUGUUUUUCCUCAUGACUCGCCUUCUGGCGGAGAACCAGUGAAAGAGAGCACAGCUGAUGGUGUAGCCGUAGAUUCUGGAAGCGCAGACAUGAAGAGUGACAAUACAAAAGCUUGGAGAAGAGAGAGUUCCUUCUAUGAGAGAGAGGGAGUUAGGCCCAAUGUUGAGCGAUGGCAUGCUGAUCCUCAACCAUAUCCUAAUUCUACUAUCCCUCAACAUUUCGAUGCUUGGCACGGCCCUCCCUUGAAUAAUCAUCCAGGUGGCGGUGUUUGGUAUCGGGGUCCUCCAGGUGGUCCACCAUUUGCGCCACCAGUUGGGCCUGGUGGAUUCCCUAUGGAGGCAUUUCCUUAUUACCGACCUCAGAUUCCCCCUGGCGCCAUGGCAAAUGCACAGGCAGUGCCCCCACAGCCAUCAGCUGGUCCAAGAGGUCACCCAAAACAUGGAGAUGUGUUUGGACCUCCCAUGCAUGAUGCUUAUAUUCGUCCUGGCAUGCCAAUUAGACCUGGAUUUUAUCCGGCCCCAGUUCCUUACGAGGGAUAUUACGGUCCUCCCAUGGCGUACAACAACAAUGCUAACGAACGGGACAUUCCUUACAUGGGAAUGCCUGUAGGUCCUGGUGCAUAUAGCAGAUAUCCAAAUCAAAAUGCUCAUGAAUCUGGUAAUUCCCAUGGAAGAUCCAGUGGAUUUGGCUCUAAUAAUGGUAAAGGAUUUGUUUCGGAGAAGGUGGAAUCUGGUCAUCAUCCUCGUGAUACUCAAGGCCCAUAUAAAGUUCUUCUGAAGCAGCGUGAAGGGUGGGACGGAAAAGCUGGGGAGCAGAAGUGGGAUGAUAACAGGGCAGCCAAUGUGGUGCAUCCUGGAAAUGGAGACCACCCUAGAAAGUCAGCUUUGGAUAAUGGCUGGAGAACAGAUCAGAUCAAGAGAAAUGAUGGCAUGGAAACAAAAAGAGUCAUUUCUGGAAGAGAUUCUGGGAUUGUUGACCACAAAGCUGGUGCUUCUUCUGCCAGACCAAUAGGCACUGAAAAUGGUGUGACGCUAAAUCCAUCUGAUACUGGUCUUGAUCAGAUAUCAGAGUAUGGGGAACAUGGAGCUUCCUUUCCCAAAUCAGUGUCAUGCUCUAGAGACCCUAGUCUUAUUAAAAAAAUUGAAGGUUUAAAUGCUAAGGCUCGGGCUGCUGAUGGAAGGCAAGAUGCCAAAUCAGUUAGUAGUAGGGAUGAGCAGAAGAAUAAGCAAAAAAUUGACAGUAUCAGGAGCAAUCAUCAUCCUGUAAAUGAAGAUGUAAGUGGUUUUGUUCCUCCGGAAAAAUCAGCAAGUGAUGCAUCUGUCACCACUAGCUCCUUUGAUUAUCAGAGUUCUGGAACAGGUACGAGUCUCGGCUUGACAGUUGCAAGUGGCGGAACAGGUAUAACAAGGAUGUCUACUCAGGGCAUGCAUAUUAAAACUGAUCAUCGUGGUAAAGGAAGAUCUAGUACUCAGGAUCCUGAUAGCUGGAGGCGAAGGCCUCAAGUUACUGAGUUGAAUGAUGGUAUAUCAAGUGUACAUGUAAGUUCUGCUGUGCACAGCCAUGACUGUACAUCUGUUGAGGCCACCGAGAAGUCUGUUUCACAUCAAGGCAAUGAUAGGGAGUCGAUGCUACAAGCAUCUGAGCCAAGUGAUACCCAGGCACAGCGAGCUAUGAUGAGAGAGCUAGCUCGCCAGAGACUCAAGCAGAGAGAGAAGGAAGAAGAAGAGCGAACUAGAGAACAGAAGGCCAAGGCGCUUGCCAAACUAGAGGAGUUGAACAGGAGAAUGCCGUGGGGUGAAGGUUCCUCUCAGAAGCUUGAAAUUUUAUCUAGUACUACUUUGCCCAACGAGCAAGAGGAGUUGCUGAACUCUGCCCAAUCACCUGUAGUUGUCACAUCUACGGGUAAUUCUGUUUCUGUUUCUGUUUCCAACUCGGUUGCAUUGGCACCUACUAAUGAGGGAAUUACAAAUAGAGUCGGUAUAUCUGCCCCUUCAUCUAAUGAAGUACUGCCUCAAGAAUCCAAGAAGAAUUCCAGUGAAGCUCCUCUCGUAAUGCAUGAUCCAUCUAAAUCACGGUGUCAGGAUUCUGGUGCAGAAAGUGUUAUUAAUAAUGCCAGACAGGAGUAUGAUGGUAGUGGGGCUUCAAAGCAGAAGCGCAUGAACUAUAGACAAAAGCAAAAUAGUUAUUCAGAAAAGACUUCUGGUGAAAAAGUCUCCUUGACCACAGCUGAAUCAUCAAAAAGUCAUAGUACUGAUGCGAUGCCUAAUCCUUCUGUUCCUGUUGAGUCUAAUGCUCAUGAGAUUUCUUCGAACUCUGAAGCUAGUGUGCCAAGUGUGCCUGUCAGCCCAAAUGCAACAGCCGAGUCUUCAACAGCACAUCCGAGGAGGAAAAUCAGGAGUACAAGAAAUAAGCAAAAAUUGCAGGAUGCAGCACCUCCUACUGCUGUUUUGCCAUCAUCAGCUCUCUCCAUAGAUACAACUACUGUUUUGGAAGCUUCAAAUGACCGUGUCAAACCAAAAACUCCGGAGUCCUCUGCAGCUCCUAGCUCAGUUCAGCUGGUCCCUGAUCGCAAAGGAGGAAAUAGUCAGCGGCAUAUGGAGCAAAAACAUCCUACAUCACCAAAUGAAGAUAUCCAUGUCAAACCUAGUAGUAACCAGUGGAAAUCUCAACCAUUUCGAAGAAUGUCAAGGAAUCAACUGGCUAAUAAUAAAAUGACGGAUAGUAAAUUCCAUGGAAGCAGUGAUACUGUCGUCUGGGCUCCAGUGCGGUCGCAUAAUAUUAAAUCCGAGGAUGGUGCCGAGGAAGGGGAUAAGAAAAGUGCUGCUAGUUUACCACCUGUGAAGAGUGGUGAUCAGCAGUUGCAGAAUGUUACCACAAAGAACAAAAGGGCAGAAAUAGAAAGAUACAUUCCAAAGCCGGUAGCCAAAGAAAUGGCUCAGCAAGGAAAUGCUAACCAUUCUGUGGCUUCUCCAGUAGUUGUCCAGAUGCCUGCACUUGAGACUAUUGUUGGCAGUGUAUCGGUUCCUUUGGGGCCUGAAAGUUCACAAACCACUGUCACCCUCCAGUUUGGUUCCAUUGCCGAAGCCACCAGGAAUGGGCAGGGCACCAGACAGAUUAAGCCUGUGACAGUACAGGGGUCAUCGUGGCACCAAUGUUCUUCAGCUGAAUCACAAACUUCAACCUCAAAUCUUAGUUUUCAGAAGUCAACUGAGAGUCAGCAGCAACCUCAUAACAGAUCAGACGCAACAAGUUCAGUGAAAAGGCAGCCAUCUGAACCAAUCGAUGAAUGGACAGAUGGCUGGACCAUGCCCGAAGAGCCUGAUGUACCGAUGCCAGUCUCUAGUUUUAAGGAUCAGACAGCUACUGCCAGGGGAAGACGGCAGCCACAGAAGGGACUAAAUAGAGAAGGACACAAUCCCGACAGUGUGGAGACAAAAGUCAGCAUGGACAGUGAAAAGGCUCAUACUCGGUCUUGGCAGCCCAAGUCACAGUCAACUUCUGCUACUGGUCGACGGGCAACCAAGCCUAAUAAUAAUGAUGAUCAGAAUGUUGUUUCUCCAGAAGCUAGUAGUAGGUCAAAUAAAAGGGGUCCAAGUUCAAACGCUGUUGGGGUGUUUGUGCCACCACCUAAAGAUAAGGAAGUAGCUGCUGGAAGGGCAGAUGAAGUGCAUCCUUCUGAUCAAGAGGGUGGUAGGAGGGAGAGGAAGGUGACCUCUCACAAAGGACAUAACAACUCUAGUAGCCCUGUGGAGCCAGCAGCCUCUGACCAAAACUACUACUCUUCAGGAUACAGAAGAGGCGGUGGAAACCAGUUCAACCGGGAUCAUCAUCAGGAGUCUCGCGGGGAAUGGAGUGGAACUGCGAGAGAUAACAACAGGCAACAUAAUGUACCAGCAGCAAACAAGGAAAGGGCGAUGAAGCAAAGUUCUCAUUACGAGUACCAACCGGUUGGGCAACAAAAUAAAAGCAAGGGGAACAACCUUGAGCCUUCUUCCAAAGAUGUAUCUCAUGCUUCGCGUCCAAGGUUUAGGGAAAGAGUGCCGAAUCACGCUAGACGUGGUGGUGGCGACUUUCAUGGACGUCAAGGUGGCAGUUUUAGGGUAUUAGAGACUAGUGAUGAAUAG